CUAACAAGUUCGUCCCGAAUUUCUAGGUUCUCUUUCCAGUUACUGCAAUAGUCCCAUCGCAAAAGAAAUGACGGGCGUAGUUUUUAUGGUCAAGGAGGUUMAAUAGAAAAACGGAGAAGCGAGAAAAAACCCAGGUGCCAUCAAGAGUUACUCUGUAUUCUCCGCUACCAUGGCGGGGCCAAGAGGACAAUCAUUUUAUGAUUCCGACGGAGACAUGGACGGAGCAUUUGACAACCUCCGAAAUACCGAGGAAGAUAAAGCAAUCGACAACCUUCUUAGUGCUUCGCUUUUGCGCCUUAAAUUCGAAGACCGGAACGAUCUACGCGAGGAAGUACAUGGCGUGCGCAGUCUCUCUCCGGAAGAGACCCCUGAACUGAUCAGAGAGUCUCUGUCGAGAAUGGACGAAGAGGUGGAAGCUAUACUGCUAGCCUCGAGAGAAAACGACUUUCAGCACGCAUACGAGCAAGCCCGAUACUUACCAACGACCUUCGUCAACGACCGUGACUAUCGCUUGAAAUUUCUGCGAUGCGAUCUCUUCGAUCCGGUGAAGGCUGCUGACAGAUUUAUUGUCCAUGUAGACUAUCUGCUCCAUUUGUUUGGCCCGCGGGCCCUAAGGGAACACCUCAAGGCUGAUUUUUUUGUGAACGAGGAAGCGGCUGCUCUUCGAGGAGGGAACGUUCAACUCUUGCCCUUCCGCGACCGAAGUGGUCGAAGGGUAGUGGUUGCUUUAUCUGGUUGCUUUUCGUAUCCACCCGAAACGCGGGUAAGCGGCUUUGUUGCCAAUUGAUUAAUAGAGCAUUAGAAGUCUGAUCUGUUUCUWCAUUUGUUCCAGCUUUGAAGGAAGCAGAGAAAUCAUAAUUGAAUUGGGUUUCACUCUUUUUCUCAGACAUUUUCUUCCCGUUGCCUCUGUUCUUUUGUCGUCGUCUCUUCCGUUCGCUUUGGAUCCUUAGGUAAAACUGUAUUUKUAUUUUGCUCACGUAGCAGCGCACGAUUGCGUUGAAACCCAGAGGAAAGGGAUCAUAUUGAUAGCAUGGUGUAACACAGAAUCUCUCUUUGAUGGUAAAUCUAUUCGGUUUCCGGGAAGUCCGGGAAUCAAGCCCGUGGUGCUUCCGAACGGGAGGCAUGUGAUAGACUCAAUUYCCGUACGAGUCAUCUCCAUACAUCUUUGCUAUCCAGACAAACCCAUCUAUCGCAUCCUUCGAGCAUUUURUGUGAUUGCAUUUGGCGAUAUCAUGCGAUCUCGAAUCCUGUUUCAUCAUGGUACGUAGAUUUUCUAUAUGAGAUCAUAUAGAUGCGAAUAGGGUGUUUCUUGCAUAAGCAGAAGCAUAUGGAAAACGCAUGAUUCUCACGGGAAAACUACUUACCAUUUUGAUUAAUUUUGGAUCCUCAUUAUUGAUCUAAGGCACAAGUUUAGAAAUGCAAUACAAAUUGAUGGGUUAUGGAAUUCCAGUAGGCCAGCUUCCUKCAACYGACACCGGMAUGGUCAAGGUAAAAAAUCAUAUCCAAUGGCUGAAGAUGCAUAAAUUGAUAGAAAAAGACCCGAGCGCGUAUGSCAACGUAUGCGAGUGUCCUGGGUUGAAUGAUGUCCUUUUUCGACGGGCCGGUUCGUGUCUUGCUCACCCUGGAAAUGGUCGAUUCAAAAACUUGAUAGAAUCCAAAAAAGAUGAGCACGCCAGGUCGAACCAAGCAGGGAAAAGAGAGAUUGCUUGGUCAAUUGUGGAGGAAAUAGAAAACAGGAACGGGAGGUUCUUCUCUUGGGAURCAAAGCGGACUUGCUGGGUUCUUAUGGCGAACAGGGUGGAGAUACGCCAAAAAGUUGCGAUGAUGAUUCGGGACUUCAACCGGCAUUCGAAAGCGGCCAAAAAUCCUCAAUCRAACGAUUCAAGUACAACAUUCUUCAAAAAUCAGGAUGGAAGAAAACGAAAACUAGAUAGCAUGGACGGCUUCACGAAUUGCACUCCAAUGUUCCGCUUGCAACCUUUCCAUACGCGGAGCAUGUCUCAUGGCGAAAUAUAAACAUUAUAAUGGUGAGCUUAAGCCAUGCAUUAUUUCUCUAUAUUUGAUUUGUCGUGGAGCUACUUCUAUCGCAACGCUCACAACGCAUGUAUGCAAGCAGUAAAAUAUAGAGACAAUGCUAACGAAGCACAUUUUCAAAUUAUUACACUUUUUGGUUAAAGCGAUACUAGAGCAACCAAAUUUACCAAUAUAAUCAUGUUCAAUAGAUAAUUUUCGACAUG